GUGUUCUCCAUCGUGGUGUUUGGUUCCAUUGUCAACGAAGGGUACGUGAACCGCCUGGACGAGACACAAGAGCACUGCAUUUUCAACCGUAAUCGCAAUGCCUGCAACUAUGGCAUUACCGUGGGUGUCCUCGCCUUCCUCAGCUGCCUUCUUUACCUGGCUCUGGAUGCCUACUUUCCGCAGAUCAGCAGCGUCAAGGACCGCAAGAAGGCAGUGCUCUCGGACAUCGGAGUCUCGGCCUUUUGGGCAUUCCUCUGGUUCGUUGGCUUCUGCUUUCUGACCAACCAGUGGCAAGCUUCAAAAGAAGAGGACAACCCAAUGAAUGAGGGAGGGGAUGCAGCCCGAGCAGCCAUCACGUUCUCGUUCUUCUCCAUCUUCACCUGGGGCUCCCUCACAUUUCUGGCUUUCCGGAGACUCAGACACAUUACUUUUCAGGAAGAAUACAACACCCUGUUCCCUAACUCCCCAUCCUUGCUGCCUUAUGCCUGGGACACGCUUGCUGAACGUCCCCUGGACUGGGAAGCAGCCGCCUUCCUCCUGCUGCUCCUUCCCAAGCAGCCCCCUCCGGCAGAUGCUUUUGACACCGAGACACAGGGGUACCAAACGCAGAACUACUGA